AUGCUGCUUGCCCUCACCGACACUAGCUCCUCUCAAGACCCGCGUGUCCAAGUCGCUCUCACUCUUCAGCACCCUGUGAAUGGUGUCAGCACUACGCCAGAUGGACGCCUCUUCGUUUUGUACGCUCGAGUCGAUGGUUCUACAGGCCCCAUGGUCGCUGAGUGGCACAAUGAUAGCGAUCCCACGCCUUACCCGGACGCAGAAUGGAAUUCGUAUACCGUGGGAAGCGACCCCACAACCCAUCUGAUUCGAAUCAAUUCACUUCGGAUUGGGCCCAAUGGAACCUUGUGGCUCGUUGAUACCGGUUCUCCAAGCUUCGGCCAAGCAGUCAUCUUGCCAGACGGACCAAAGCUGGUGCAAGUGAACUUGACCACGAACACUGUGAAGAGAGUCUACAAUCUAGGGAACGUCACACUUGCCACUAGUCUAAUCGAUGAUGUUCGCUUCAAUCCUGCGGUCAGCCUUGCAUACAUUACCGACGCCGGAGCAGCUGCGCUUAUCGUGAUCGAUCUAGAGUCCGGCGAAGCAAGACGAGUCCUCGAAAAUGAUCCUACCACCAAAGGCUUCAUGCCACCAUCCGGUGAAGGCAAGCUUAUGCACAACUCCCAAGGAGAAUUUCAAUACAUCUAUGCCGACCAACAUGAAGUCUCACCGGAUGGACAGUAUUAUUAUUACCAACCCUGCGGAGGUGGCAUGUCUCGAAUCAAGACGCAGUAUCUGAACGAGGCAUACUACAAUUCCUCAUUUGCCAGUAUUCUCUCGCAGUAUCCUGAGCCAUUUGCUUUGACGCCUUCCACAGGCGGAACCGCCAUCGACGCGGACGGUUACAUAUACAACAGCGACACUGACCGACAGGCAAUCAUCAAGAUCGCACCGAAUGGGACCUGGACUACAUUGGUGCAAGAUCCCAGACUACUCUGGGUUGACGCCAUGUGGAUUGAUACCCAUGGCAAGCUCUGGAUGCCUGCUGCUCAACUGAAUCGAGGCACUCCUUUCAACAAUGGUACGAGCUUUGUGCAGAAGCCGCUAUAUAUCUUUACCAUCGAUAUCGGAGUUGGCCCAUCGCCGAUAGAUCAUACGUAA